AUGAACGUCAGUCUGGAUAUUCCAUCUAAAUAUACUAAAUACAUUGCCUACAACUCAUCCAAUACGUCCCACAAAGAGCCUAUGAACAAUACAGCCGAGCCUGCGGGUUCUCGAGAAAACCGAAAGAUCUUGAAAACGCAGUCACGUCUAGGCCAGGGUACCAAAUGGGAAACGCGUCGCACAGAACAGGGGCCGCACACUCCUCAUAAUCUAUCCGAUCUGAAUCCUGGAUCUUGUUCUGGUCCCGAUCUUACGGCCACUAUUUCACCAAACAUAUCCAGUCCUGCAUCAAUACCACCUACAAUUCCUCCGAGACCAACAUCUAUUGACCUUUACAAAAGCCCCGAACCAUUGUCAUCAUCAAUGCUGCCGUAUAAUACCAAUAUCACUUUCAAAAAGGGGAAAGUGUAUCCAGCCGGGCGACGCGAAUCAGCACCUGUGCUUUCGCGAUCAACUCAAAUCCCUGGCGAGGACUUACAGCAAACAAAAUCCCGACCACCGUCGAAUUUGCAUUUUCAGGUUCAGCAAUGCUCCCAGGCAACUUAUCGGAAACCGCUUCCUACUCUGCCGUCAUUCCCAGCAUCGGUAAAAACUUCAGCAAACAUGCCUCAAGGUAUGGAUGGGGUUAAAGUGCCAAUAGAUGAAAACAUGGCACAGAGCUCGCAACCUUCGUCUUACAUCAUCAAUACCAAUCAUUUGCAUCCAAAUCGCUAUACUCCACAUCCGAAUUCUCCACAAUUGAUGCCUCAGAAUCUUAGUCAGGACCAGCACCGUGAUCACGAUGUCGAUAGCAAAAAGCACAAUGCACUAGCAGUGGAUAUAUAUUCAUUACGCUAUCAUUCAAGCAUGAGUAACGAUGACAGCAGUAAUGGAUUCUCUCAAUCGCCCUCCACUUUACAUCCACCAUUGGAUAUUCAAGGUAAUGCCCGUACAUCAACGCAAGCCAAGGUACAGGAGCAGCGCGUACAUCACCACGAGCAUGAGCAAGAGCAAAAAUUAGGACACGUACAUGGGUUCAGGAAUGAACGAAGACAGAACCAAGAUCUUGUUAAAGUUAAUGAAGAGAGGGAAAGAUCAUUAAAGGCGCAGCAGCAGCAACAGGAAGGAUGGGCUGACUCCCAAAUCCAAAGAGGCAGGAGGUUGCCCAGCGAGCGCUCUAUGUUGCAACAUCAUCUCAACAAUCUCUUGCAUAAUGAAGCGCCCACACUCCAGGCUUCGAACACUCAUGCGACAAUAACAACACCAACAACGAUAACAGCCACAUCAUCAGCAUCUACUACUGGAGCUCAGCAACAGUGCGAUCAAAGACUGUCUAAGCAUGACACGAUAACACCCUCCUCCAAUUCUUCUAGCAUGGGAUAUAAUCGCUCUUUCUCAUUCUCUACCUCAUCUUCUGGUCGUCGUCGGGCAUCUUUUGUAGCGCCUUCACUUUUGCCUCGUCAACACCACUCUUUCAACUGCUCAUCCGACCCUACUGAGCUUCAGCCCUAUCUUCCUCCGCCGCUGCCUCCCGCUGGCACUAAUCCACGUCAACGGAGCCGUCAGCAUACCAGCUCCAGUAUCGCUAGCACUGCAGAGGCUGGGGCGUUGAACCCAACCUUUGCGCUUCUUAACAGAGUUGAGGCUACCAACCCGACAUCCGCCAAUUCAGCCACGUCGACGCUUCAUCGUAGCAGCAGGCGACAUUCCUCGAGCGCAUCUUCGUUAUCGAUAAAAACGCAGCACAUGCAUUCUAUUAAAAGAGGACCUAGCACGGCUGAUGCUGCAAGUGUUAGUAGUAGGGGCCGGUUUUUAGAACCAGACGAGUCUAUAAGACAUACUGCUCGUAGCAAACCAAAAAGCAAUACAUCGAGCCCUACUAGACAGCUUUCGCCUUCCUCUUCGGCGUAUCGUACGCCACGCCAAUCAUCAAAUCACCUCGCUGCUUCUCCAAGCUCGGAGUACACAGAUAGGCAACAACCACAUAAUCAUAUGUCUCCUCAUCCACACUUACACCUAUACCCAGAUAAUAACUAUCAGAACAACCAGACACCGCGCUCAAAUUCACCUUUACCUUCGCCUUCACACUCACCUUCACAUGCUCACUUACAAAAGCAACAAACCCAGGCACAUCACCACCACCAUCGUCAUCAUCAUCACCAACAGCAGCAGCAACAGCCACAACGACAACAGCAUAUGGAACUCAAAUCAUCAGCAACUGUAUGUUCAUCCAAAUGCAGCUCCCCAAGGCCGGUUAGCCCUAAUCCGUCAAAUCCUAAGCGCAUUCAUCAUGUCGAUAGAACAGCUAUGACGCUUAUGCAACAGUACCUGGCCUGUCCAGGUGAUCCUGAAUCGGAAGCUGAUAUUGCUAUGCAAAUCCUCAUCUCCCAAGCUGCUGUGGAUUCGAAAGGAUUUGAGGUCCUUCUUCCUGAAACUGUGGAGGCUAUCAAACGACAUCAUGCUACACUCAACACUCGAAUCUCAGCCCUCACUGCUCGACUUUCUUUAGAAUCCAAGAUUUGUGAAGCUGCUCGGUCAUUGUUGAAACUCCACGCGGAUAACAAAAAACUGGCUCGACAGGCCAGUGACCAUCUUGAGGCCGCAAACCGUAAAGUGGAUCAAGUCUCAACGGAGCUUUGGAAGCUGACUCAGCUAGCGUCGGAUCUACAGCGGACUCUUCUUCAACAUUCAUCAGGGGUUUUGGCCUUGGGUGUCGUCCGAUUAGAGGAUCAAGGUCGUCGGGAAAGGGAGGCACAUGUCAUUCAGCUUCAAGGAACACAAAUAAGACAAGACCUUGAGCAGCAGUUUGAAUCGAUGGCGAAAUUAAUUAUGGAUUUAGAAUCAGAUGCGCUCCAAGCCCAGUCGCUCCUUGAGGACAAGGACCAUGCAAUCGAGCGGCUCAUGAACCAACUUGACCAUCAGCGUGAGCUAUUUAUUAAAGUAGAUGAACAACAGCAAAAGACAUUAGCUCUUUCUCGAACGCAACAAAGGAACCUAGAUGCCUUCUGUGAUAACGAGCAAAAAGAGGAAGUUACAGAGAUGAACAAUUUUUUAGGUUCUGUACAGGAACAACUUCAGAGGAUCCUUCAGUGUUAUCAACACCAACCCACACACAGACGACGCAAGAGGGGAUCAUCGGGUCAAGAAGAAGAAGAAGGAGAAGACAAAAAAGAAAAAGGAGCUACAGCACUUAUUUCUAAUAAUUAUUCAGCUAACAGUCAAGGAUCUGAUAGUCCCUCGCCCCUUACACGCGGAGAUUCUCUAGCUUCAGAUGCAUCAACUGCUAUCAAUACUAGUAGCAACAGUAGUACAGAGGCCUCAGAGGUAAUCUUUGGGGAGCCAAAAGGCUCGACAUCUCCAACCUUAGAACCACCUCAUUUCUCAAAGGAACAAAUCCGAUCUGUUCUAGACGCACUGGAGCGCCAUGCCUUAGAAUCCAAACAAAAGAUGAGUACAAUGGAAGGAGAGUUGAGUCUUUUGCGGCGCCAAUCUGCGGUCAUGAGCGUUAGUAGGAAUAACAGCAUCAGAAUUAAGGAUCUACCCGCUACUCCUGUUUCAGUUUCACGUGGUCAGGCUGAGGAGACUAUUCGGUCAGCUUUGGAGAAAAGUCUGAAGGAUGCGCUUCUAGCAAAAGAGAUGGCUCAACAGGAGUUGGAGAAUGAGCGCCAGCGAUGGCAAGAGGACCAGAAUCACCGAAUUAGUGCAUUGGAGGAGAGCCUUGGUGCAGCUGAGGAUGACAGAACGACCACAGCCAUGACCACAACCACAUCCAUGUACACUAUCUCGACAGCGGACCUCAGCAAUGAUAUGCUUUCAAGAGACGAAAUGAUCAAAGCCCUUAGAGUGCAGCUUCGAGAUGCAAUUAGUGAAAUAGACACCCUUAAUCAACAGCAGCAGACGAGUCUGAAGGCUAUGCGGCAACUCUUUGAUCUAGUCCCAGACUCAAGGCGAAGGAGUCAUAUGCAGUUAUUUUCGUCUCAUCAACAGCUCCAACAACAGUUAGCAGCGAGCCUAGGAGGUCGAUCUGCAAUGCCGAGUCCUUCAGGUAGUUCAGUCUCGCUUUCACUCUCAGCUUCAGGGGCUAUCGGGUUUAGCAUGGAGGCACUCAUCAGUCGAGUAAAGGACUUGGUGGUAAUAUCUGAGCAGAUGGAGCGUGACAACUCGGAAUUACGGCGGCAGAUUGGCAAUCCCGCUGAGCGUAGUCAACAAGAAGCCAAGAAGGAGGAGAAAGAAAAGGAAAAGGAGACAGAGAAGAAGAAUACUCAUCAAAGCCACGAAUCCGAAGAGCGUAAUGACCAAGAGGGUCCUGACUCUCAAGGACAAUCAAUCCGGAUCUUGAUAUCCGAGUUAGAGCGACUGCAAGCAAGCGCAGGGAUGGUUCAAUUAUUGGAGAAGGAGAUCGAUUUAUUGAAGCAACAUACGGAUACCCUUAUGGAUGAGAAUGCUCGGCUUGCUGAACUGGCCGCCGCAAGCGCAACUAAUACCCCUGCACCAAACAGAUCCAAUAUAUUUGCCGGUAUUGCUCGUAAACCAAGUCAGGAUGAUACUUUAGACCAGUUGCAGGAGAUCAUUCGUGUCAAGGACAGACUACUACAUGAGCGUGAACAAACUAUUCAGGAUCAUGAAAAGGCUUUAGAACAGGCUCAAUUAGAACUGGCCAAGGUCCAAGGGUAUUUUCAGGAAAAAGUAGAUACUGGAGGGUCGCUUCGCGCUGACGCUAAUACUAACAUCAGCGGUGGUGCUUUAAAGACCGAUUCACCUAAACUAAGUGCAUUUGAUAUUGAUGCUCUAGAAGGCUUGAGAGACAAGUGUGCCAAGUUGGAAGGAGAGUUAGGAGAGAUGCGAAUGAUUGUAGCAGCCUUAGAAAGCACGAAUGGAAAACCUAGGACAGGGUCACAGCUUUUGAAGAGCCUGGAAAUCUCAUCGCAACCUCAGUCUCCUGCAAUGACCCCUUCAUGGCUCGGAUCCACGAACUUUUGUUCUCUUUCACAGAAGCUCAUCUUUGAUACACCCGCUUCUGGAGUGAACUCGCCACCUAUCCCCAGUACAGAUAUAUUUAGCAAUAGCCCAAAUGUGCACAGUCUAGAUGAUAAUAAUAGCAACGGUAAUGGUACUGCAAGAGCUAACAAUAGCACUGUUACCGGAGCAACUGCCGCUUUGCGAAAGGAGUUCAGGAGGGCUAUGAGCGAGCUGCGUGAAGAGAAAGAAAAAGCAGUGCGCAAGGAAGUCGAAGAAAGAAGACGGCUUGAGCGAGAACUGCGACAGUUGCGGCGAGAUCUACAGAGCAAUCAAAUCAAUACUCGUUAG